UUUGCAAAACUGAGCUCUUUGAGGUUAUGUUGGAUGUGAUGCGCGCAGGAGACAUCGCUCCAAGUCAUUUGUGGUGCUUGGUUGAUCUGCUGGGAGGAUCUGGUCGAGCGGACGAGGCCGAGGAGCUCGUUGUCUGAGCCGAGUGGGGCGGCGAGAACGCGCUUGGAAGCUCCACAACGAUGAUGAUCUCGAUAGUAUCUAGAGAAUGGUUUGAUUGUCUAUUAUGAAAGAAAGAGAGCGAGCUAUGGAAGUUUGAUGGUGUUCACUUUGUCUUCCUUUCGGGGUCUUUGCACCGAUGCUUCCAGCAACUAUGUGGAGAUCUUGCGGAGAUGUGCUAGAACGAGGAACUUGGCAGAGGGGAGGACCGUCCACUCGGCAUUGGCAGCGGGUGGCCUCGAUCGAGGCCAGGAAUGUGGAAACUUGCUUCUGCAGAUGUACGCAAAGCACAACUGUAUACAUGAGGCAAGAGAGGUGUUUGAAAAGAUUGAUGACAAAACAUCGCUCUCGUGGAAUAUCAUAGUCACUGCAUAUGCCCGUAAUGGGUACCUGGAGAAAGCGAGAGAGAUGUUUAAUCGUACUCCAGAUAAGUGUGUUUCUUCGUGGAAUACCAUAAUCACAGCAUACGUAAAAGGUGGCAAUAUGGACGAAGCUAAACGAUUGUUUGAUUCUAUGGAAGUAAAGGAUCAAGUGACCUGGAACUUGAUGAUCACAGCGUAUGCCAAUGCAGGGCAUCUUCACGAGGCGAGGAGAUUGUUUGAGAUGCUUAGCGACCCAAGCACCGCAAACUGGACAGCACUGAUUCAAGGAUACGGAAAAAUAGGCAUCUUGAACGAAGCAAAGUCUUUCUACGAUCGAAUGCCGGAUAAAAACGUAGCCGUAAGAACAGCCAUGGUUUCAGCAUUUGCCGCAAACGGGCAUAUAGAAGAAGCGCGACAACUCUUCGAGGAGACGGCCUCUCGUGGCGAUGUUGGUCUGUGGAACACUCUAAUCUGUGGAUACUUGAAGCUGGACAGGAUCACCGAGGCUUGCGCGUGCUUCCAGAGGAUGGAUCUGGAAGGCAUCCGUCCCGAGCGAUCGACUUUCCUCAACAUGCUCGACCCGUGCUCGCAAUUCUCGCUGGAGAAGCUCGGAAGGAACAUCCACUCCAAGCUCACCGAGCUCCGGCUCGAGGACGACACCGCCAUGGCCACGGCACUCCUCACAAUGCACGGAAAGUGGGGGGACUUGGAGCAAGUGAUGCACCUCUUCCACAGCAUGGUCUCUCGGGACGUGGUUGCUUGGACGGCUCUGAUCACAGCCUUUGGCGGACACAACGCUGACAUCGCCAAAGCUCGCGAGAUCUUCCAUCUCAUGCCCCAGUGGAACGUCGUCUCCUGGACGGCAAUGGUGACGGCUUACUCCGAGAACGGCCAUCUCCAUGAAGCUCUGGCUUGCUACUCUCGAAUGCCGCAAAGGAACCGAGUUUCCAUGACUGCCAUCAUCGCGGGCUACGCUCGAAACGGCUAUCUCCACGACGCAAAAUCUCUCUUUGACACCAUGACCGAUCGAGACGUGGUUGCCUGGACUGCGCUUAUCAACGCGCACACUCAAAACUGGCAGCACGGCGAGGCGAUUCAGCUGUUUCGAGUCAUGGACAUGGAGGGCGUUCGUCCCAACCGCACCACCUUUCUCGCAGCUCUCGAGGCUUGCUCCAACUUGGGCGACUUGACGCUGGCCAGGAUCCUCCACCAGUGCGUGCUCGACUGUAAGUGCCAGUCCGGUAUGCUCAUCCCCAGCACUCUCGUCAACCUCUAUGGAAAGUGUGGCAGCGUUCCUGAAGCGAAGUCGCUGUUCGAGAGGAUGGUCGAUCCGGACAUGGUGGCCACAAACGCGAUGCUCGCGGCACUCGCGCAGAAUGGCUUCCUCGACGAAGCAAAGAAGAUAUUUGAUGGACUGGCGAGGCCGUCGCUGGCUUGCUGGAACGCGAUGAUCACUGCCUACGCCCAGUGUGGAUCGAUCUUCGAAGCGCAGUCUCUGUUCGAUCGAGUGACGCAGCGGAAGGACGUAGUGACUUGGACGGGGAUGAUCAAGGCCUACUUGCAAGCCGGCUGCCCAGCGGAAGCUUUCAAGUUCUUCCAAGAGAUGGACUUGGAUGGAGUGCGGCCGAACCGAGUGACUUUCCUCCACGUUUGCGAAGUUUGCUGCUUGCUCGCGAGCAAAUUCAAGGCCAAGAUGGUCCACGCCGAGAUCAUGAGCACCGGGCUUAGAGCCGACUCGGUCCUCAGCACCGCCAUCGUCAGCAUGUAUGGAAGGUGUGGGAGCAUCCAGCACGCAAAAUCCUUCUUUGAUGCGAUGCUGCGGCAGUACGUCGAGCCGUGGAACGCUCUCCUCAGCUCCUACAGCCAGAAUGGAUUGGCGACGAGCGUUCUCGGGCAGUUCCAUCUCAUGGUUCUCGACGGCCUCAAGCCAAACUCGAGCACUUUCGUCAAUGUUCUCGCGGCUUCCAGCCACGCCGGCUUGACGGGAGAUGGCUGGAGCUGCUUCGUGUCCAUGGCUGGAGACUUUGGCCUUGAGCCCGCUGUGGAUCACUACGUCUGCAUGGUUGAUAUUCUCUCCCGGGCAGGCAGGCUGAGAGACGCAGAGGACUUGAUACUUGGUAUGCCGUUUGAGCCCGAGGCGCUGGUGUGGACGUCAUUGCUGGGAGCGUGUCGAGAGCACAAGGACGCCGAGAGGGGAGGACGAGCGGCACAUCAAGCGUUUAAGUUGGAUCCCGAGAACUCGGCACCGUAUGCGCUACUGUCUUCGAUCUACAAGCUGCGUGAUCAAACUCGUUGUCCAGCAGUAGAAGUAGAAGACGAUGUAGAACUCGCGUUUGCUGGAUAGUUGAGAGUUUCAGAACUCAA